AUGUCGGAACGAAAUUGUGGUAUGAGGCCGGAUUCUAAAGAGGACAUUUUUAUUGACAUUGUUGGUGAAAGCGACCAGGCGGCUGAAUACACACCUGCUUGUGAGAUGGAGGGGCGGCGGUCUGGGUACACGAUGCCGGCGUUUUCGGAGGGAGAGCGGCACGAGCUGAGAGGGAAGAUCAACAGUCGAGAGCGGAAGCGGAUGCACGACCUGAACUCGGCCAUGGACUCUCUGAGGGAGGUGAUGCCGUACGCCCGGGGUCCAUCCGUCCGGAAGCUGUCGAAGCUGUCCACCCUGGCCCUCGCCAAGAACUACAUCGAGAUGCUCACCAAGUCCGUGCACGAGAUGAAGCAGCUCAUUGAGGACCUCUACCGGUCGGCGGGGCAACCACGCACAUACCCCCGGCCACUACCGCCGCACAUACACCCCACCCUGGCCGCCCUGGCCGCGGCAUCUCCCACGGGAUACCCAUACCCUCAUGUUCAGGUGGGUCCGACGCCCGGUGCUCACGGGAUGCAGUGUAGUGCAAUGUCGUGCUCGUGUGCGGCGUGUCCGUACACUCUACCUCCCCCCAUGCCCGGUGCAGUGCUCCCCCCCAUGUCUGGUGGCCCAUCAUCCAUGCCCGGUGCGACUCUAACAGAAAAACUCUUCUCAGAAGCCUAUAAACAAAUGAAUGCCUUUCAAAGACUGUGA